GCUGCAGUGAGUUAGCAUUAGAGGGAGAGAGAGCUGAUGGGAGGAAAAAGGGAGGGAGGAAAAGUGAAUGUUUACAUGGUGAAUUUAUGAAUGACGUCGAGAGUGAACGAAAGAAAGGUGUGGCCUGAUUAAAGAGCCGGGGAGAGCGAGAGGCCGAGUGAUCCCCCUUCCUCGUGUGCUAGUUUGAAGUGAGCUGUCAUCUUUUUGCUGGCUUAGCGGUGCUCAGAUAUCUUUCCUGCUCAGUGCAGACGGAAACGCAGCAUUGCUGGGUAUCAACAUGUGGGAUGGUGCCUUGAGAACAGCUGCUUGAUGGGUCCGGGCUGAAGGAGUGUGGGAGGUCUUUGACAGAGCGUUAGGAUGGCAACUGAAGCUUCUACCCUCCCAAGUCCAGUGGUGCGUCAGAUCGACAAACAGUUCCUGAUUUGCAGCAUCUGUCUGGAUCGCUACAACAAUCCCAAGGUCCUUCCCUGCCUUCAUACCUUCUGUGAAAGGUGUCUACAGAACUACAUCCCCGCCCACAGUCUUACUCUGUCUUGCCCCGUGUGCCGUCAGACCUCCAUCCUGCCAGAGAAAGGUGUGGCGGCACUUCAGAGUAAUUUCUUCAUCACCAACCUGAUGGAGGUGCUAAAGAGGAGCCCAGACACUAACCUCAGUGAGGACUGCACCGACGCUAUCAACGGAGUGGCCAGUGGACAACCACUCUCCUGUCCCAAUCAUGGAGGAAACGUAAUGGAGUUCUACUGUCCACCGUGUGAGACAGCCAUGUGUGAGGAGUGUACCAGCGCAGAACAUGCAGAACAUGCCACCGUCCCGCUAAAGGACGUUCUAGAACAGCACAAAGCCUCACUACAGGAGCAGCUGGACGCCGUCAAAAACAGACUGCCAGAAAUCGACUCUGCGCUGGAGAUUUUGUCUGAUAUCCUUCAGCAACUGAGCAAUCAGAAGAGUUCAAUAGAAGAAGUGAUUCAUUCAACUUUUGAGGAGCUUCAGAAGACCCUAAACGUGCGCAAAAGUGUUCUGCUGAUGGAGCUGGAGGUCAACUACGGGCUCAAACAGAAGGUGUUGCAAGCCCAGCUGGAGUCAUUGCUGCAGGGGCAGGAGGGCAUUCUCAGCAGCUGCAGUUUCACAGAGCAGGCUCUUAAUCACGGCUCGGAGGCUGAAGUCCUAUUGGUCAAGAAGCAGAUGAGUGAGCGUCUCGAUGAGCUGGCCAGUCAGGAGCUCCAUCUUCAGCCAGAGGAGAACAGCCAGCUGGACUUCUUGGUGGACACAGACGGUCUCCGCAAAUCCAUUCACAACCUUGGUGCUAUAAUAACCACCAAUGCUGUUGCUGCAGAAACUGUUGCGACCGGUGAAGGCCUGAGGCACUGUAUCGUGGGGCAGCCUACUUCUGUGACCGUAACAACAAAGGACAGAGACGGCGGCCUGUGCCGGACGGGAAACGCUCUGCUAAUAGCUGAUCUUUCUGCCUCUGAGGGCACCGUAGCGGGGGAAGGUGUAGUCACGGAUCAUAAAAAUGGCACUUAUGAGUUUGUAUACACGGCCCCGUGCGAGGGCCGCUUCGCGCUGACGCUAAAGCUCUACGAUCAGCAUAUUAGGGGCAGCCCCUUCAGCAUACGCGCCAGCAAAUUGACAGACAUCUCCCUGGCUGCAGACGGAGGCAAGAAACGUCUCAAAUCUCCAGGAAGCAGCCAUGUGAAGCAGCGAGCCAUCAAGCGCCCCCCCAGCAUGUACAGCACGGGCAAACGGAAAGAAAACCCGAUUGAGGACGACCUCAUGUUUCGAAUCGGAACUAAAGGCAGGAAUAAGGGUGAAUUCACCAAUCUGCAGGGAGUUGCUGCUUCUUCUAUUGGCAAGGUCCUGAUAGCUGAUAGUAAUAAUCAGUGUGUUCAGAUAUUUUCAAAUGAUGGACAAUUCAAGAGUCGUUUUGGAGUGAGGGGCCGAUCACCAGGACAGCUUCAGCGGCCCACUGGCGUGGCUGUGCACCCUAACGGUGACAUCAUCACUGCUGACUAUGAUAACAAAUGGGUCAGCAUUUUCUCCAGCGAUGGCAAGUUUAAGACUAAAAUUGGCUCAGGGAAGCUCAUGGGUCCUAAGGGUGUAGCGGUGGAUAGAAAUGGCCACAUCAUUGUGGUUGACAAUAAAUCCUGCUGCGUCUUCAUUUUCCAGCCCAAUGGAAAGCUGGUAUCCAAGUUUGGCAACCGAGGCAACAGUGACAAGCAGUUUGCAGGUCCACACUUCGCCGCAGUGAAUCAAAAUAAUGAAAUCAUUGUGACUGAUUUUCAUAAUCAUUCUGUAAAGGUGUUCAGUCCAGAGGGCGAGUUCCUACUGAAGUUCGGGUCAAAUGGCGAAGGAAACGGUCAGUUUAACGCGCCGACAGGUGUGGCAGUAGAUGCCAAUGGCAAUAUUAUAGUGGCAGACUGGGGCAACAGCCGGAUACAGGUGUUUGAUGGUAGUGGAUCCUUCCUGUCCUAUAUCAACACCUCCGCGGACCCUCUGUAUGGCCCACAAGGACUGGCUCUGACCUCAGACGGCCACAUUGUGGUGGCAGACUCUGGGAACCAUUGUUUUAAAGACCCUCGUGUUGCAUUGAAGUUGUGUUGUCGUGGAUUCCUUUGUGACCCCUCACCUCGGGCAGAAGAACAGACUUCUUUGGUUUUGCACUGUACAGAAAUAGCUCAUCCAAAAAUACUAAUUCUGUCAUUUAGCCUCAGGUUGUUUCAAACCAAAUAUGGAUUUCUUUAUUCGUUGGAAUGUAAAAGGGUUUUUUUUUUUUAAAGAAUAUCCUUUUUUGUCUAUUUAAUGUAACCAUAAACACCAUAAAUGAGCUCCAAGCCGUACAAAGACAUUGUGGGCAGAAAACAUCAAUCUUCCUUGUUGCUUUACCUUUUAAAAUAUUUUGGCAUUAAUCACAUCAUUUUUUUGUCUGAGAAAAGGGAGAAAAACGAUACAAAUAUAUAUUAUUACGCAUAUAAAAUUGAUACGCACAUUAAUACACGUCUUUUUGACUUACUAUAUGUAUACAUGAGAAAAUAAAUAUCACCUUUUGAGCUCCGUGGAAGAAAGAGUGGUUUGGAACAACAUGAGUAUGAGUAAAUGAUGGCAGAAAUGUAAUUAUCGGUUGAAAGUUAUGCUGUUCUUCACUUUUGACUCUGCUACACGUUAGGGAAAACAUUCAUGUUUCUACUGUAUGUUGAAAAAUCUGAAUGUUCAGAUGAUUAUAAGGGAACUCUUCAAAGCAUUGACAUGUAUAAUAAAAAUUUUAAAUUACUAUCUGUGCAGCAAAUAGACAAAGCCCCCCCCCAAAAAAAAUCUCACUAUGGUGGGCUGGUAUUAACAAUAUUUGGCAGAAUUAGCCUGUUUAAAAGUGAUGUCAGGUAUAUUUACAAAAUAUGCAACAAUAUAUGUGCUUCUUUGCUAUUGACUGUGAUGUGCACAACUGUGGUUGGUACAGUGUUCUUAAAAUGUAAUUAAGUCUCUUGAAUCACCCACAUAUUAUGCAAGAAGCAUCACUUGAUACGCUUUUUAGAUUGUAAACAUAAUUUUACGCUGCGCUGUUCUUUUUAAAUUCAGCUGUGGUCAUUUCUCCGUGUUGUUCAGAGAAACGAUAUCACAUGCUCAAAUCACCAGAUGCACUUUGAUUGAGCAACACAAAAAAUAUGCAUAGUGCUAUUAUUAAUAACAGCCCCCUGGUUUAAUGUUCACCAGAAGACGCGUUAUUAUAAUUACGGAUCUUCAUGUGUUGUGAGAGUGGUUGUGUUGCUGACAAACCAUGUUCAGCGUUCAUACGCUUCAAAAACUGAAAAAGUGCCCAGGUUCUUUUUAAGUGUAUUGAUGCCACACAGAUACAUCUUCCUUGUUUUAUGUGUGUUCUCCUGUACAGUUCCAUUGUCAAACACAGGGAACUAUUGCUGCUUGUUUGCACAAAAUACACGAUAUAUAACGUGAUGUACAUUCCAAAAUGUAUUUCUCCCCUUUAGAUUCACAAACUUGCUUUUUGUAGCAUUGAAGCUUGCGUUUUACUCCUUUGUAAAAUAUAUACACGCACCACAUGAAAGAACGUGCAACCAGUUAUGCUUUCACAUUUGUAGAUUUUCAUGCCGCAUCAAGGUGACCUGUGUUAUAUCAACUUGUGCACAGCUCAAAAAUAAACUGCAUUAUUUCAGA